AUUCUCAUGAAAUCGGGACGUAAAGUGUAAGACAUAGGAGCGCGGUCAAGUGCUCAUUUCCGUUUUCGAAUCCUACGUCACCUACUCUGAAAGCCCGUGUGUUUUGUGUUUCUUUGGGGCCAUGAUGAUUCUCGCUAAUUUAACAUUCAAACUGUUGAAUUUGAAACUACACUUCUUGAAGUCAUAAAACUAAUAAAAAAUUUAAAAAUUCAAUUCAAAUUGGAACAGCUAUUAUUAUAAUAUAAGUAGAUACAAACAAACAAAAAAACAGUAAUAUUACUAUAUACAAAAAAAAAUACAACAAAUAAUAAACAUACAUCAUAAACUUAUUAUCAUAAAAAAAGAAAUAAUAUCUUUGAAAGAUGGGUAUUCAAGACUUGCAAGCUUUUCUGGAUAGUAAUUGUAUACCAGGUGGAUCGGUAUCGGUAGAUUUAUUAAAAAUAGCACGUACUGUUACUCAGCGACAACGCAAUCGUGUUUGUAAAGUUUUAUCGCCACAUUCAACUGCAAAACUAAGACUAGUCCUUGAUGGAGAAUGUUGUUUAGAUAGACUCUAUGGCGGUUAUUUCUCAGAUUGGGCUUGUGGCGGACAAUGGAAUCGUAUGGUACAAUUUCUAGCAGUGCUUAUACAAGCAACAGAAAUGUCAGGUUUAGAAUUAGCUGUCUUUUUUAAUGGUUGUUUUGAAGCUUCUCGUCGUGCAGACUGGGUUCAAAAUCAGUUGCAAGUGAGGAUCAAAGUAAAUAAUGUCAUCAAACAUAUUACAACCAAAGGAACUCCACCACCAAAGAUUUGGUGGACACCACCUGUAUGUUUAAGAACCAGUUUACGUAUGGCGCUUAGAUAUUUUAAUGUUGCAGUUUUAUGCAGUAUGGAUGAUCAUCAUCAAGAAGUCAUUGCUUAUUGUCGGGAAAAUAAUUUUAAUGGUUUAAUAGCCGAUGAUGCUGAGUAUGCUGCAUUUGAUCCACCUAGAUACUUCUCUUCAGAACAAUUAAAACUUACAUAUAAGGGUUCCCUUGAUACAAAAGAAUAUAUAAUUCCUGAACUUUUAAAAGCCUUAAAUAUCCCAGCAGAUAGACUAUGCUUAUUGGCAGCAUUACUUGGGAAUUAUAUCUUAACGGAAAAUAAUCUUCUUGACUUCUACAAAAAACUAAAUAUAAAUGCAAACACUAAUAAGACUAGUAUUGAACAAACGAUAAAAAUAAUUGCUAAUUUUGUUAGAGAACUUCCAUCUGUUGAGUUAGAUGUAGUAUCGCAGAAAGUAUUUGGAUCUCUAUCUGAUCCAAGGUGUUCCAAAUUAAGGCAAUCUGUACAGUACUAUAUAAAUGGUACAAAAGAAGGAUUUUUACAUUAUAAACCCGUAAAACCAACUAAAGCUCACAAGAUAGAUUCCAAGCAAAAUUUACAAACACAGUCAAACUUAUCUGAUGGACCAUCAACUUCAGAGGGUGAUAGUAGUUUGGAAACUUCUAGAUUUGCUUCUGAAACGUUAGAAAGUGAACGUGAAAGCUUAAAUGCGUACAAGCAAGCAACGGCAAAUGCAAAGUCAGCACCACAGAUAGUGAUAGAUCCACCUGGUAUCCAAGGUCAUGGAGAUGCUGAAAAUGCUAGAUCUGAGGAGGAACAAAGUAAUGGUCAUGCUAUAAAUGGUACUCAUAAUCUUUUAAUAAGUUCAUCAAGUUCAAGUAGCAGUUCCUCGGCUACAUCUCCAUCGCAUGCUACUACAGAUUCAACAAAACAAAUAGAAAAGACAACUACUAGUAUUCCUAGUACAGUACCAGAAGUUAUGCGUACAGCGUCUGAAAGACAUCAGAAAGGUCUAAUGUCUCCUCACAUAUAUCAAAUUCUUAUAGCUGGUGAAAUUAAAUUGCCAGUUCUUUUAGAGGAUGAAAAUCACAGAGAAUUUCCCUCUAUUCAUCUGAUUUAUAGACCAGUAAGACAAAUGGUAUAUGCAAUUCUUUUUAAUUUACACCAUCGGAUGUAUUUAGCAACUAAAAGUAAAGAAAAAGGUGAUAGUGAAAAAAUUGAAGUUCCGGACGUAAUAAUAAAGGAAUGGGUAUGGUCGAAGUCGAAUCCAUAUCAAACUCCAGAAUUAGUAAAAGCAGAACAAAUUGGUUGGGGUGUUCCAACAAUUCAACGUUUGUGGUUUGGCACAGGAAUAGAUGAUAAACGUCGCCGAUUAAGAGGAUUUUUGACUUGCAUGAGGUCAGAUACACCUCUUAUGUUAAAUACGGCUUAUGUACCUCAACAUUUUUUAGUUAUGGCUUGUGUUUUACGAUACAUUAUGUCUUUCUCUGAUAAAAUAAAAAUUUUGCGACGUCAAGAAUUAGAUGCUUUUAUUGCACAGGCCUUUUCUCCAGAAUUAAUGAAUGCUCAAUAUUUACAGGACUUACAGCUUCCUUUAGUAACUUCUCGUGGUGUUCAACUUGCAAGCUUAUUUAUGGCAGGUGUAGAAACUGCUCUGUUAGCAAAUGAUGCUUGCGGUGCUCCAAUACCUUGGCUAAUGUGUUGUCCUUGGUUAUAUUUUGAUGGAAAAUUAUUCCACCAUACAUUAGCACGAGCUACUAUUGCGAAAAAUUUAUUAGAAUUAUGCAGUGGUCAUAUAGAACGUGUUGUAAAAGUUGAAAGAAUGAGAAAGGCUGUACUUGAAGGGAUCAAUGUCGUGUUUGCACGACCACCAAUGCCUAUUGCACCAGGCAUUCGUGUAUCAGUACCUCAGAAUAUACUACCAGCUGGCUGUACAAUUAAUGAUGGGUUAAUUCGUGGACGAGGUAAUGGUACAAUGCCACAACGUGGUCUAAUGCGUCGCCCUAUACCUUCACGCGGAGGACAAUUGGAGAUAGCUGGUGUUGUUGUUGGUCAAUGGGGUCCCAAUUAUGGUCAACCUGGUCGAUUGCCACAACCUAUGCAGGGACAUCCUCGGGGACGGCUUCCACCUCAGGUUACUUCAAUAGGUGGUUUGAAGUAUGGUUUACCCCGUGCAUUCAAUCCAAUGGGAAGGCCAACUUUUCCAACACGCGGAAAUAAUCGUACACAAAUAGCCGGACGCGGGAAGAAGACUCAGAUGAAGGCAACCAGUAAGAAAAAAACUACUAUAAAGAAGACUAAGGAGUGUGAUAAGAAGGAUAGCAAAGGACGAGGUAUUAAUGUGGAUGGACUAAAUGAUUAUAUAGAUCCUGUAACAAGUAUUAAUACAACAAAAGAAGUACUGCCAGUACCUGGUCAAUUUGAUGAUGCUGUGGAAAAUGGUAAAACCGUCGAGAAGGGCCAGGGAGAUGCACCACUUCCUACACAGGUAGUGGCUGAAAAUUAGGCGUCUCAAAGAGAUAUAGAAGAUGGCAUAAAGAAUAACCAAUUUUUGACAUAUACUAUAUGAUGUCCUCACUGCCAAACAUACCACUCUAUGUAAGAUAGAAGAAAAAAAUCGUGCUUGUGCUAACGAGCAUCUUUGCUCGCAAUACCAUGGGAUGAUGAACUCGACUGAUUAGUGUAUGCGUGCGCUAAUUUUACUACUGAGAACAAGUUGUCAGCUGCUAAGUAUUUAAUUCUUAAGAAGUGUGAUUAUUUUUUUUACAAUGAAAAUAUAUAUUUUCCGGUAUUAUAUGAAAUGCUUGCUUUGAUGAUCUCAGUAACCUAGCCUUUGAUAAAUGAAUUUAAAUUUAAUGAAGGAUAUAUCAUGAGAUGGUUUAUUGACUUUUAUAAGUAAAUAGAAAUAAAAGGUAUAGGAUACUGAGAUGAUUGUUUGCACAUGGAGACUGAUGCUUUUCAUAUAGGUAAAAUAUAUAUUUAUAUAUGAUUUAGAUUAGAUUCCCAUAGCGUAUUAUACGUAAGUUGUGAAUGUGAGAUGUAUGAAUGUGGACAUAUACUUACGUAGAAGAGAUUUAUGAAUGCGGUAUUUAUGAUAGUGUUGGGGGAAAGUGUGGGAGAAUGAUGUAUAUAAGUGGGGGAUGUUAGGUCAUUGCAUAUAUACGUGUAUAUAUUUAUAUAUAUAUAUAUAUAUAAAAUAUAAGUCUCUAUAUAUGUGCACAGGAUGCAUAUAUAUAUAAAUAUACACACAUUAUAUAUACGUUUAUAUGCAAUCAAAAUUAUAUAUUUACUUGCUGUUGCAUUGGAACUUAUAUGAAUGAACGUACUCUAUUGAAUUGGAACGUUAAAUGUAAUAGUUUUUCUAUUACACGUACGUAGCUUUUAAGCUAGUUAUUAAUUAUAAGCGAACGAGUUUUUUCAAGAGAUUAAUAAUAUUAUAAAACACGCUUUAUAUCUUUAGAAGAUAUGUUGCAUUAUAAAGAAGAAAAAGAGCAAUGAAUUGCUUUAUAUUGAUGACAUUUUUUGAACGACAUAGUUUCUUUUUUCUUUUUUUUUAAAAAAAAAAAGAAAAAGAAAGAAAAAAAGAAAAAAAAUUUUAAUUUGAAGUUUUCUUUCGCCCCUUUAUAUUAAUUUUUAUUAAGUGUUUGGACACACAAAACUCAUUAAACAAUGAUCAAUGCAAAAUUAUACGAGUGUCGCUUGUUGCUGUUAAAAUAAAAAAAAAAAUGUACUUGAGGUAGAAAAAUCAAUCAGAUAGUAUCAUAUAACCCAAGUACAAAAAUCCUACACAUCUAUUGUCCUCCACACAUUUACUAUAUUUAAUGAUAUAUAUCAUUUAAUUGUACAUAUGAAUAGUUAUACUAGAAGUAAUUGUGCGAUCAAUGUGGUGUACAUACAAAAUCCAGUUGCAUGUGCUUAUCAUGCACUGAGUUAGAGAACAUGAUUAUGUUAUAAAUAUAUUUAUGAGUAGAAUAGUCAAAAAGAGGGACAUUCUACCAAAGAGCAGUGUUUAAGAUGUGUUCUUUUAUCAAUAAUGAAAGAAUGGUGAGAAACAAGACAGCACGACAAAACACGAUUAUUAAAUAAGGUGAGGCAAAAAGAUGUGUGUCUAAGUGCAGAGAGAUAAUUAAAGCGAAUAAGAAAAACCAUUUAUUGAGAUAAUAUAAGAAGAGACGAUAAAAUAAAAUGUUAUAUUUUUGUAGAUUUGUUAUUGCGUAAAAUGCAUUAAGACAAUGAGAAACUUUAUAUAAUUUGAAUAGAAUGACAGGGAGAGCGAGAGAGAGAGAGAGAGAGAGAGAGAGAGAGAGAGAGAGAGAGAGAGAGAGAGAGAGAGAAAGAGAAAAAGAGAGUUGAUGAGCCUGUGGGAUAAAAUAAGUAAGAUCUGGAAAGACAGAUGUGUUUAGAAAAAGUGCUUUGGAUGUGCAUAUUUAGAAAUGACAUCCAUAAGUAAGCAUUGCCGAAAAAAAUCCCAUAUUCUCCUAUAUCUCUAACUGUUUAACUCUGAUUUUUGAACAGCUUAUAGAGAUAGGAGAGAAUGAAUAACAGAAAUGAAUUAUUAUACAAUGUCAGCUUCAACGUGCGCUGAGCAUCUGCGAAUAAUUAACAGUUUUUCCGAUGCAUUUUGAAUGGCACACACUUGCUUGAUUAUUAAACUAAUAAAUGCGUUUAUAGGUAUAUUUUAUGACAUAUAAAAUCUUACAGUUUCCAUUAGCUAAUAUUAUUUUACAAUUGCAAUGUAAUGUAUUGAGACAUAUGCAUUACCACAUUGUUUAUCGCGCGCGCGAAUUACAAUUUUUAAACGAAGAAUAUUAAUCAUUACAAGUGACACGUACUAGAAGCAGACCUUCUGAUCUGACAAACCAAUUUGAGAGUAAAUGCCACUUUACGCUUUCGUAAAGGUAGAUGAUUUUCUUUCCAAGAAAUCAAUCUCUUGAUACCAGAUACAAAAUGUAAAUGACACAAUGAUGUACACAACAUAAUCAGUUGCUGCUGCACUGAUAUGAGUAUGCAAUAUAAUAACAUGAAAUAAUUUAAUAAAUACGAAGCAAAUGCGGAAAUCCAUAUUGAAUACAACAGAAUAGAAAUGUCGGAAAAAAGAAACUUGCAUAAAAGCAUAAUCAACGUUAAAAGCAGGGGCGUGUUUAAUGCGUGCCUGUUUUUCGUUGUAUAAGUAGAAAAAGGGGGCCCACAGAAAAUGUCUAUGAUACAACAUACCAUUUAAACGAAAACAAAAAAACAAAAAAAACAUACGAAUAAUCUACUAUAUUUAUGAAGUAACCAUCUAUAAUGACCUUUGAACAUUGUGUGUUGUGAUAACAGAAAAUUAAUUAUACACAAAGUAUAAGACUAACUUGGUAUCUCUGCUAGAGUGACAAAUGCUUUUGAGAAACGGUCGAUGGUACGAAUUACGCGAUUAAUGUCUGCAAUCGAUAUUCAGACGAAUUAAAGUAAGACUCGUAUUUUUUAUGGCUGUUUUAUUCUUACGUUAACAUCAUAUUUUUCUAGCGCAGAUUAUUGUCGCGACAGCCAGUAGGAUUUCACAGAUUAGCUUACUUGUAUCACUAAUAUAAUUAUGCUCCUGAUUCAGAAGAAAACAAUCUCUUUUCUUUUUUCUUUUUUUUUUCUUUUUCUUUUUUUUUUUUUUUUAAUUUUUAUUUUUAUUUUUAUUUAUACUCAGUAGGUCUCUAGAUAUCGUUGAAAAAAAAAACAAGAAAAAAAAUGAAAUCAUUUAAUUUUUGCUUACUUUAUUAAAUGAUUACCCAAAAAAAAUAAAAAAAGGAAAUAUUAUUAUCCUAUUUUUCGCGUAUUAUAAUAUAUACACCAUGAUGGGCAUUGAAAUAUUGAUGUUUCUCUUAUUCUCUUAAUUUGCUGUAGGAUUGUAUGAGUAGAGUUGCAAUUUCUAAUUGUAAUUUAAUAAAUAAUAAUAGACAGAGAACAACUUUAAUUAGUAUGUUCCAUUCGUAAAUUUUAAGUUUUCUUAUGUCAUAGUUUUUGCUUACAUAUGCAAUAUUGAGAUAUAAUAAAAUAUAGCGAACACGAUAUACUAUAAUAAAAUAAAAUAAAAAAAAUUAAACACUUAUUGAUGUAGCUGAAAAUGCAUGUGGGCCCCAUCAUUAUAUAUUCUUAUUAAAUAUUACAUAAUGUAUAUUCUGCUAUUAUUUCUCAUAGCUAAAAAAGAUACAUGCGCAUAUGCGAGGUAACAUGUAUGUUUGAUAAUCAUUAGUAUGUUUAUUUUUGUUUUGCUUUUUCUUUGUAUUUAAAAAAUGUAACAAUGUUUAUAUACAUAAGCGCAUGCCGCAAAGUGGUGGAUAAAAUGUUUUUUCGAUUAUGUCUAACGCGUAAUAUAAAUUAUGGGGUUUUUGCUAUUUUGGAUUUAUCAAAGAAAACUAUAAAAAGUUAAAAGAUCCUCCUGAAAAAAUAAGCAUGCGCUGCUAUAUUGUUAGUAAUCAAUUAAUUUUAUCUUUAUGGGUCGGUGAGUGGUUUCUGUUUUAUAAAAGCAGUGACACUAAUUUCAUAUAUUUAAAUUUGAAUAUGUAAUGUUGAUAUUUGAUGAAUUGCUUGCGUUAUAUUUAAAAUAUUAUGUCAUUGCUAAACAGUGUCCGAUAUAAUACUAAGUAGGAUUAUGCUUCAGUGAUGGCAAAUAUAAAUAAUAACAUCGAUUCAGCGAAAGCUACAUUUCAGAAUGAAUUAUUCAUUUCUAACUAUUAAAUACAUAUUUAAGAAACAUAUAGCGAUUAUUGCUACAUAGCCGACCCAUUUAGUAUCUUUGCAUUUAUAUAACACAAUAAUAUUGAUGUAUUCUUGUUGAAUUAUUCUAUCUUGUAACUUAAUAUUAUAACAUGUACCCCAUUCAUGUCUAGUGUCAAGCAGAGCUGAUUCUAUGCUUUUGCUAGCCGAAGAACUGAAAACUAAGUACAGAAAUUUAAGUAAUCACGUUUGUAUGCUGAAAUUCUGAUGCUUUUCUGUAAUUCCAAUUCAAAGGAUAAAGUGAAAUAAGAAUCAGUGCUGACGAGAACACAAGGCAAUUAAAAAUUAUUAUAAAGCUAAAAUCACAUUUACUACUUUAAAAGUGAAUACAUAUUUGGGAAGUAGGAGAUAAUAAUUAUAUAAAUGUAGUGGCAACUCUAUAAUACUACAAAAAAAACAAUGUAUACAAUGAUUAUUCGAAAUAUUAAAAUGCAAACGCACUUUGAUGGAUGUUGUAACAAUUUAGAAUAUUCAAAUUACAUUAAUAUUUGCUUUGUAAAUCUGCGCUCUUUGGAGUAUGCCGCUCUGCUAAUCAAGAUUAUAUUUGAUGCAUCAAAACAAUUUCUCAAACAAGUAAACAUUUUUUAUGGCAGAGUGGCUCUCGUCUCCACUGGCAGAUAUUUUAAGUUCAUUUCUUUUAAAAAUAUUAACCAUAUAAUUUUCUUGUAUAAUGUAACUACACAACACACACACGCAGAGAAUAGAAUGAUAAGAUACAUAGAUCCUCCGUUGGGUUAAAAAAAAGCUUUUCAACAUAAUGUAUGGUUCAUAUAAUGAAAAAUUGAACCUUCAACAAGUUUUGUAAGAAAGCUCUUAGCACGAGAGGUUCUUGGAUAUGGUUGGCUGACAUUUUCGAAAGUUUAAUGAUUUAUUGAAACGUGUUGUCAUGUCUUGAAUAUAAUUAAAAGAACUAUAAAAAUUCUA